AACCCAACAAACCCUCGCCGCUAUUACCUUCCUGCUUCUCCAUUUCCCAUUUUUUAAUAAAAUUACCAAAAACUUCUGGAUUUUACUGUCGGAAGGUGGAGGCUAUGGAGGUGUUAAACACCGGCGGCCGGAAUAUGCCGGACCCAGAAGCAGCAGCGAUAGCAGAAGAGGAGUUCCCGGCGCAGAUAUCGCCAUUUUCUGAGACGCACCAAGCUGUGUUUGAUGCUGCUAUGACGCCUCAGAAGCUCCGUAUCAGGUGCAACGGCAGGUCUGCUCUACCGGAUGAUGCUGAUCCGUCCGCCCAACUCGCGCCCGGCAUGUCACCACAUAAUGGUAUUGGUGAGUACUUUAGAGCACAAGAUGGAGAGUUCUUGAACUGGAAGCGGAAGAGAAAAAGGACAUCAUCUAAAACUAGUGCAAUUAGAAAGAGCAAAAGGCUUGAAAGGCUUGAGCAUUUUCUGGAAGGUCUGGUAAACAAAAUGAUGGAGAAGCAAGAGCAGAUGCAUCAGCAGCUGAUAGAGAUGGUACAAGACAAGGAGAAAGAGAGAAUUGCCAAAGAAGAAGCCUGGAAGCGGCAGGAGUUGGAGAGAAUCACAAGGGAUGAGGAGGUCAGAGCCCAAGACACAUCGCGCAGCCUUGCCCUCAUUAACUUUGUACAGAAUUUGUUGGGCGGUCAUGUUCAAGUUCCCCAACCAGCACCAGUUGUAGCACAACCAUUACCAUCAAUGCCUCCUAGUUCUAAUCAUGACCAUCAAUGUGUUCAAGUUCCCCAACCAGCACCAAUUGUAGCACAACCGGUAGCAUCAGUACCUCCUAGUUCUAAUUUUAAUUUUGGCCAUCAACAUGUUCAAGUUCCCCAAUCAACACCAGUUGUAUCACAACCAGCAGCAUUAGUACCUCUUGGUUUUAAUCAUGGUCAUCAAUAUGCGGAACAAAAUGAUUAUCUUCCCAAAGACACAGCAACUGUCAAGGGGAGCGCAACACCUAGUGAUAAAAGAUGGCUCCCAGCUGAAAUACAGGCACUUAUAGAGCUGCGUACUAGUUUGGAAGACAGAUUUCACUCCCCAAAUAAUUGUGGUGCUAAAUCUCUAUGGGAGGAGAUAGCUCUAGGGAUGAACCGUAUGGGUUAUGAUCGCACUGGAAGGAAGUGUAAAGAGAAAUGGGAAAACAUGAACAAGUACUUCAGAAAGGCAAUCACAGUUGACAAAGAACGUCCUGCAAAUGCUAAGACAUGUCAAUACUUUAAUGAAUUAGAGUUGCUCUACAAAAACGGACGUCUAAAUCUGGGGAAGGGCUUUAGUCCUUCAAGCAAUCUGGGAAACGGCUCUAGUUGCACAGACAACCUGAUGGAGAUCAAGAGUGAAAAAGAGUCCCAACAGUGUGUGCUCAGCGACACAGUCGACACUCGUCUUCUAACUUGUGCCACAAUGCCAUCAGUGUUAAAUUCAAAUGAAGCUGCAGAGAGAACGAGAGUAGUGGUUUCUCCUGCUCUUUGAAGGUUAAAUCUAUGGAUAGUGUUCAGUGUACCAGAUGUCAAUCUUCAGCCCUGCCUGACUUUAUGAUUUUAGUUUUCGUCUAGAUGUGUUAUAUCUAUGUUGGAGCUAGCUUUACUUGUUUUCUCCUUGAAUUUCAUAGGUGGACUAAUAGACUAUUAGUUAUUAUGUGCUGAAGGAAACUACCAAGGUGUGCAAAGACUCACUCUUAAAGGAGUCGUUCUGUUUGUGAAUCUUAUUAAUGUAUCGGCGGCA